UAACAUAUGUUUGGGUUUGAUUUCAAUGCUGCUAGAAUUGAAUUUACCAAGUCAACCGGCCAUCUUUCUGAAGUGUUUGUUUCUCAAUUUAGUUCAAAAUUAAAUCUGUAAUUAAUGUCAGAACCACAGUCAGCUCUUUUAUUGAGAAAACAGCUAGCAGAAUUGAACAAAAACCCAGUGGAAGGGUUUUCUGCUGGCCUUAUAGAUGAUAAUGACAUAUACCGAUGGGAAGUACUCAUAAUAGGACCCCCCGAUACUCUUUACGAAGGGGGCUUUUUCAAAUGCCAUUUAUAUUUUCCUAAAGAAUAUCCUUUAAGACCGCCUAAAAUGAAAUUUGUGACAGAAAUAUGGCAUCCCAAUAUUGAUAAAAAUGGUGAUGUAUGUAUAUCAAUAUUGCACGAGCCAGGUGAUGACAAAUUCGGCUAUGAAAAAGCAUCAGAGAGGUGGUUGCCCGUUCACACUGUAGAAACUAUUUUAAUUUCAGUUAUUUCAAUGUUAGCAGAUCCAAAUGAUGAAUCACCGGCUAAUGUUGAUGCAGCAAAAGAAUGGAGAGAAUCAUAUUCAGAAUUUAAGAAAAAAGUUGCAAGAUGUGUUCGAAAAUCUCAAGAAGAGUGUUAGUACUUUUUUAACCUAUCAUUAAAGAAACAAAAAAAAAAUAAAAUACAAGAAAUCGAGCAAGAGAUUUGAUUCUUGAUUUUCCUUAAAAUUGCCUCUGAAAACAAUUUGCUCCACUACAUACUUUCGUUCAGAAUCGACACUUUUUCAAGAUAACUUCAACAAUUCUAGAAUCAAAUCAGUAUCUAUCCGUUCAACCAUUCAAGAGAUCUCCCAGAAUUGAGAAACAAACUUGACAAAAUUUAGGUAAUUUAAUUUAAUAUACCCCUGUGUAUUUCUUUAUUUUGCAGUAACUAUGUGAAUAAAUUAUUUUCUUCACAUGUUUCAUCUCAUUUUAGGGUUAAUCUUUAGGUUUUUGUAUUCAAUUAUGGUUAUAAAAUUGAUAAGAGCUGCAGAGUAAAGAAUUUUAAAUUC